CGAUGUGAAAUGGGAAUGCUAGUUCACACAGGAGCUGGAUUACUUCUCGUCCUUAUCGCUUUACUGCACUGACCGGAUCCUUCCAACUAAAAGCAGUGAAACAGGGUCGAUCUUCCAUCCAUUAGCCGGGAUAGACGGAAUCCACGCAUAAAGAUGAACACCAUCGUUUUUAAUAAAUUUGCCAACCAAGUUCUUUUCGAAGAAAAGGCAAACGAGGUGGAGAGGAACAGCAGAACAUAUAUCGAAGUUAUGGAAGAGCAGCACCGGGAGCUAAUGAUGCCGGACAGUCCCUCGAGCAGAAGCCAACGGGGUCUGCGACACAGGAGGUCAGGCUCUCGGCAGAGCGGUGGGAUGAGGCACAAACGACAGGCUCUUCAGGACAUGGCUCGACCCUUGAAACAGUGGCUUUACAAGCACCGGGACAACCCCUACCCCACUAAAACGGAGAAGAUUCUGCUGGCCCUUGGAUCCCAGAUGACUCUUUAUCAGGUUUCCAACUGGUUUGCAAAUGCCAGGCGCCGCCUAAAGAAUACUGUCCGACAACCAGAUUUGAGCUGGGCAUUACGAAUAAAGUUAUACAACAAGUACGUACAGGGCAAUGCAGAACGACUCAGCAUUAGCAGUGAUGACACAUGUUCGGAAGAUGCAGAACAUCCACCAAGGAAUCCUGCAGUUGGAGAGUUCAACAAACCCGUUCAGGCUGCUGUUAAAAAAGAAAGUCCGAUUCUGAAGGCAGUGGGCAGGGCAGGCACAAUAAUCAGUGAGGAUUAUGUGUCACCACCAAAGUACAAGAGUAGCUUGUUACAUCGUUACCUAAAUGACUCAUUGAGGCAUGUCAUGGCAUCAAAUGCAGCUAUGAAAGCUACCGACAGGAAAAGAAACCAUUCUGGAUCCUUCAGCUCCAAUGAAUAUGAGGAAGAAUUAGCAUCACCUUCUUCAUCUGAAGCAGACGGGACCUUUGUGUAUCGUACUGAGAUGGUGGAACAGGGACCGAACCGAUUAACCAGUUAUCCAAAGAAAAAGGAAGCUUCCAAAGAUGAAACCUACUGGAAGGAAAUUAACGCUGCCAUGGCCUUAACAAAUCUGGCACAGGCAAAAGGCAAAAUACAAGGAACAACCAGCUGUAUCAUUCAAAAGUCUUCGCAUAUUUCCGAAAUAAAGACUUUGAAAAUUUCACCGGGUAAACCAUUUUAAAAAAAAGUUUACGUGACUUAAGACAUUUCAGAAGCAAAAGCGUUCCAUGUAAGUAUAUUAAAAAAAAGUGCUGCAAUCAAAUGCUGACUCCUGGCUCUUGAGGCCAGUUUAGAAUAAAUCUUUUUUUUAAUCUAAUCUUAUCUUUAUUAAUAUAUUUAGGAUUUUGCAGCAGUUUUAAAUCUUCUGUAAUUGCACACA